AUGGUUGCCCUCACUGAUCUCUUUCAAUCUUUGGCGGCUCUGCCUCGCGUCAAGUUUGUGCUGUCAAGUAGGCCGCUUCCAGCCUACGUACAAGCUUUUCAAGCAGGAGCCGGUCUUGAGCUUCGUAUGCUGACGAAGUUGGAUAUAGAGAAAUUUGUUUCUGACAAGCUCAAAGAUCGUCUUUCUCAGGCUUAUGGGGAACGAGAGAUUGACCGCAUACAAGAACUGAUUGAAUGCAUUUUGAAGUGUGCGGAUGGGGUUUUUCGAUGGGUCGAUCAUGUCGUGGAGGCUGUUCUAGAAGGGAUUCGUGACUACAACACGCUUUAUGAGCUGCAAAAGCAAGUGGAGAAGCCUCCUGUGGACCUCAUACCCUUCUACGGGCACAUGUGGAACGGCAUUAAACCGGAGUACCGCAUCGAAGCUUCGAAAUUGUUCCAGAUUGUGUGGAAAGCCAUGAUGGAUGAAGAUGCAGAGCAACCUGAAUGGGCUUAUGAACAUCGACAUAGAGCUGUGACUCUGUUCUUCGCCACGACCAAAGACCCUGACCAACAGGUCUUCGCUUGUCCGAUUCUGCCACUCACCACCAUUCUGAAGGCUGAGCUGGCGAAAUUUAUGGAAGGCAGGUUACGAAGUAGGUGUAUGGGGCUCCUCGACUUCCAUUGUGCUGAAGCUAGAUAUCGUGGUGAGCCCGAUGAAUUCAAAUUGGCGUAUGCAAAAGUUCAGCUUGCGAACAGAUCGGUGUCCGAAUUUUUGGACAUCCGAGCAGACAUUCUUGCAUACACGGAAGGAACCGGUUUUGACACUAGGAUUAGCCUGAUGAGAUCCUUUGUGCGGCAGAUCGAAGCCUGGGAACCUGAGAAGUCCUAUGAUUUUGAAUAUAACAAAUCCACGGGUCGCCAGACCAUAUGGUUCUUGGUGGGCAAUACCAUGCGUCUUGUAUCUCAGGCAGGAACGUCUCUGAGCAAGCUUGAAGUAACCUUACUUGAUCAUAUGAAUAGUUUGGUUCAAGCUCGCUGCCAGACCUAUAUCAACCACAGCUGGAACCUCAAUACAGGACAAUAUGGACUGAACAAAAAGUACUGUCACUGGUCCGAUUUCGUUGCCGAAGAAUACAAUAGACCUGUUCCAUGGCAUGACAGUUUCUUGAAUUUGGCGGUAAGGCAUAGAGCAAUUGGCUAUGUUCAACAAAGUCUGAUGAAAGCUGGUUUGUCACGGAUGCCUGGACCUACUGGCGGGUCUCUGGAUAAUGGCAUGCACAGGUUGGCAGCUUUUCGAACCAACAAUGAUCAGCUCUCCAAACCUGGACGCCCUAUCCUCGACUAUGCAGUUAGACCAGAGCCUCGUUAUCAAAGAUGGAUCGAAGCCAUCAACCCAGACCAGGUUGAGCUUUUGGUGGAUUAUGGUGCAAACCCUAACGAGGUCUUCAAUGGCUGGACUCCAUGA